UUCGGAAAGGGAAUAUUGUGCGCAUGCGCGACGCCUGGGCUGCUUCUGGGGCUCUCCUUCCGGCCUCUCCAGUCUCUCUUGCGGUCGAGGCACCUGGAGCCUUUCCUUGGCCCCGUUGGGUGACCCUUGACCCCGGAAGUGAACAAGACUGAGCCUGGAUUGACCUUAUUUUUAAACAAUUGGGGCUUUGGUCUUCUUUGGAGGGCUCUCUUUGCCUGGGCAGCCUCAGUGCCUGGGAAUCCAGAGCUCCCUCCCGUCCCUUCUCCAUAGAGCAGCUCCCUGGGGUCUAAAGGUGCCCUAUAUUCCUUGUUUUGGGGGGUGACCCCUUUUUGGGGACCCUUCCAGGACCUGGGGUGGUAGGUUUGGGGGGAUAGCCUGGCUCUUGGGCCCCCUUAGCCUGGUGCUGCCCCAUAUUUGAAGCCAGCAUGGCCUGGAGGUAAGGGGCAAUAGCAAAAAAGGGGGCCAGGAAGGUAAGAGGCAAUAGCAGAGGGGCUGCAAGGUAAGGGGGCAAUAGUAGAGAGGGGUAGAAAGAUAGGGGCAAUUGAAGAGAGGGGAAAGUUAGAGGCAAGAGAAGAGAGGAGGUGGAAGGUUAGGGGGGAAUCGCAGGGGAAAGAAAGGUAGGGGCGAUAGUAAAGAGAGGGCAGACCAAGAGGGUAGAAAGCUAGGGGGCAAUAGCAGAGGGAGGGGCAGAAAGGGUAAGGGGCAAUAGUAGAGAGCGGAGAGAUAGGUAGAAGGCAAUAGAAGGGGAAAAGCAGGGGAAAGGUAGGGAGCAAUAGGGGGAACAGAAGGGGAGACAGCAGAGAGGGGGCAAAAAGGUCAGUAGCAGGGAAGGGGAGCAAGUUAGGGGGCAAUAGAAGAGAGGAAAGGGGAAAGGAAGGUGGGGAAUAGCAGAGCGCUUGAGAUGUGAGGGCAAACAGGAGCAUUUAUAGUAAUACCAUAGUAAUAUUUAUGUCUUACCCGCUUCUCCUCCUUUCAGCCCCGAUGGGGGGCACGGUCCUCUAAGUGAGCCCCCACCCCAUUAUUUGGGGCCCUAAAAAGCAGGGCUGGGGUGGUAAAGAGAAGAGGGUCCUGGUUUCCUCGGCCUCAGUGGACCAUGGGCUUGAAGCUGCCUUGAUGAAGGCAUUUGUGAGGGCCAGCUGGGCAGUGGUGUUCCUUGAGGAGGAGGAGGAGGAGGAGGGAGGUGAAGAAGAGGAGGCCCCACCGUGGACAUGGGUUCGCAAGUGCUGCAGAUCCUGCGCCAAGGCGUCUGGGCCUCGCUGACCGGCGGCUGGUUCUUCGAUCCACACCAGAGCACCUUCUCCAACUGUUUCCACCUCUAUACCUGGAUCUUCCUCCUCGUCUUCCCUUUUUUGCUGUACAUGGUGAUGCCGCCCAGUACUUUUGUGGCCGGUGUGUAUUGUGCGGUGGUGGCCAUCUUCUUCAUCACGGUCAAGACUGUCAACUACCGCCUGCACACCAUGUUCGACCAGGGUGAGAUUGUGGAGAAGAACUCGGCACUAGCGGAGGCAGCCAAGGCUGAGGAUGGAGCUGCAGCAGACGAGGGAAACUUGGCAAGAGACCCCGGUGGGGUGGAGAUGACUGUGUUCCGGAAGGUCAGUUCCACACCUCCAGUGCGUUGCAGUUCCCAGCAUUCUGUGUUUGGCUUCAAUCAGGUCAUGGACCUGCUGCCCCAUUUGGAGGAUGGUGGUCCUGUAAGAGACAUCAAAGAGCUGGUGCGUGAGCAGGGCAGCAACAAUGUUAUUGUCACUGCGGCUGAUCGAGAGAUGCUCCAGCGCUGUUCACCUGAGAACACUGCUGGUGAUGUCUCAGCAGUAUCUACUGACCCAGAAGGAGCGAGUAGCAGCCUCCUGCCUGCUCCCAAAACAGAAGCCCCAUCCAGCAGUAGAAAGCAGCCUCCUCCUCUCCCAGCCCAGACAUCGAUCCAGAGCACAGACUCCUCAGAACAGUCACCUCCAGCUGGGCCAGGAUCGCAAAUGCCUUGCUGGGCAGCCAGUGAGUCGGAAAGUGUGGGGGACACGCCACUGAGCCCUCUCAUCAAGAGCAGCUUAAGCGAGGAGCUCAGCCAGAGUUUCCUGAGCCUUGCCUUGCCUGAGACCAGCAGCCACAGCCGACGAGAGAAGCGCCGCUCUGGAGCGGAUUACCAGCCCCUGGAGCCUCGGCCAGAGCGUCCCCUCAAGGCCGGCUCUUCAGACAGCUGCUUCAGCGGCACUGACAAAGAGACUCCUAGUACCCUCAGCAGCUACCGCAGCGAGAAGACCAACUCCACCCACUUGGACAGCCCUUCUUUAGGGGCAGGCACUGGGGAAGGGCCCCCAGGUGAAGAGGUGGGGCUUGGCAUGUCCCCGCCACCUGAUGGGGGCAGCGAUACGGAUGCCCUUUCGGACAGCGAGCUGCUCCGGUCUCCUGAGCUGGGCCUUCUCGGGGAGCUGAGCUUUGACACGCAGAACACCCUCAACUCCCUGGAAACGGUCAAGGGAGACAGUGAACUGUGGGGCGGCCCCGAGCCGGAGCAGGUGGUCCGGCCGAAGGAGUUAGGCCUCAAGAGCCGCCGGCACCUCUCACGCAAGCAUGGCAGUGCCUACUUGCCCAUGCGCACCCUCCUGGACAGUAAGGCCUAUACAGAGGGCUUCUUUGCAGAUGAGGAUUCGAGUGACUGCAGUGACCUGAGCCGGGCCUCCAGCCUGCACUCCCAGCACAACUACAGCACGGACACUUCCUCCAGCACUUCCUGCUACUCCCCCGAACGCCACCUCCCCAACCAACAUGGCCUCUGUGUGGCUGAGGCCAAGCCUCCGCUGCCCCCACCCCCCGAAGGCUCUGCCCUCCUGCCCAAACAUUCACACUAUGCCCAGCGGACGGGGAGCACCGCCAGCGCCAAGACUCACGCCCGGGUGCUCAGCAUGGACGGGAACCACGUGACCGACGGGAAGCCCCUGGGCUGCCUCACCGUUUCGAAGUCAGAUUUGGAGGCACAUGCCGGGAAGCUGACAGCAGAGCAAGAGUUGGCUAGCACCGUGCGCAGCCAGUCGGCCAACCAGCCUGGCUGGAGGGGAGAGGUGCAGGCCGAAGGGGCUGUCGGAGGAGCUCCUGCAGGGGAAGACGGUCCCAAACCAGACAGGGCAAAACGCAUGCAGGCCAUGAGGCGACGCCAUAAUGCAGGCAGCAACCCCACGCCUCCAUCCUCUGUGAUGGGAUCCCCACCCAGCCUCCAGGAUUUGCAGCGAGGCCGUGCCUCUUCGCACUCCCGGGCUCUUACCCUCCCCUCGGCCCUGCAGUUCGCCAGCUCCCUCCUGCUGCCACGCGGCGCCAUCCACGAAGCCUGCAACUUUGACGACACCUCGGAGGGGGCCGUGCACUACUUCUACGAUGAGAGCGGAGUCCGACGCUCCUACACUUUUGGGCUAGCUGGAGGUGGCUACGAGAACCCAGUGGGACAGCAAGUCAGUGUGGACCAUGCCACCAACAGCGGCUGGGAUAGACACUCACAUUCCUCCAGCUUCAACUCUGCCGAGGUACCCGAAGGUACUCCUGCCCUCACAUUGUUGCAGCCACGGCCUGUGGUCCUCCAGGGCAUGCAAGUGCGCAGGGUGCCACUGGAGAUUCCUGAGUUCGAUCUCCUGGAUCAAGAAUCGCUGCACGAGUCGCAGGAAAACACACUCAUGAUCGAGGACAAGUGCCAUCCCCGUCAGUACUACAAGUUCUGGGUGCUACCUGGGCACUGGAUGCGAGUGCGCUAUGACCGGCUAGCCCUCUUGGCCUUGCUGGACCGGAACCGUCGGCUGGCAGAGAACGUGUUUGUGGUGCUGCUGGUGAGCCUGGUUGCUUUCCUUGGCUACCUCCUCCUUCUGCAGGGCUUCUUCCGGGACAUUUGGGUGUUCCAGUUCUGUGUGGUCAUUGCCAGCUGCCAGUACUCUCUGCUGAAGAGUGUCCAGCCUGAUGCAGCUUCACCCAUGCAUGGCCACAACUGGAUCAUCGCCUACAGCCGGCCUGUUUACUUCUGCGUGGCCUGUCUGCUUAUUUGGCUGCUGGACCUCUGUGCCCGCGCUGUUCCUCUCCCGCCUGUGGCCUUUUACGACCUCACCCUCUUCUCCGCUGACUUCUUCUACUGUGCCCGGGAUAUAGCCAUCGUGUUCACCCUCUGCUUCCCAGCCGUCUUCCUCUUUGGACUUCUCCCGCAAGUCAACACUUGCUUCAUGUACCUUCUGGAGCAGGUGGACAUGAACAUCUUCGGCGGAACAGCUGCCACCAGCCCCCUCACCGCCUUCUUUGCUCUCCUGCGCAGUAUCCUAGUGGCUGCCCUUCUGUAUGGCUUCUGUCUUGGAGCUAUCAAGGCUCCGUGGGGGGACCAGCAUGUACCCGUCCUCUUCUCCGUCUUCUGUGGCCUCCUUGUAGCGCUUUCGUACCAUCUGAGCCGCCAGAGUAGCGACCCAACUGUCCUCUGGUCUUUGAUACAGACCAAGCUCUUCUCUGAGUUCGAAAACCGCAAUGUGGAAAGCCCCCCUGUUGGAAUUAAAGACCCCCUGCCUGAGAAACUGCGUUCUUCACUGCGGGAGAUCCUCCAUUCAGAUCUUGUCAUGUGUUUGGUUAUUGCCGUCUUGACCUUCGCAAUCAGCGCCAGCACUGUUUUCAUUGCUCUUGAGUCUGUUCUAGGUUAUGUGCUCUACGCCUUGGCUGGCUUGGUGGGCUUUGUGACUCACUACCUGCUGCCCCAGUUACGGAAGCAGCUCCCCUGGUUCUGCCUCUCGCAGCCGGUGCUGAAGCCACACGAAUACAGCCAGUUUGAAGUGCGCAACGCUGCCCAGCUGAUGUGGUUUGAGAAACUCUACGCCUGGCUGCAGUGUGUGGAGAAAUAUUUCAUCUACCCAGCUGUGGUGCUCAACGCCCUCACCAUCGAUGCCCACUUGGUCAGCACCCCGCGGCAGGACAAGUUCUGCAUCUAUUGUCGAGCCCUUCUCAUCACUGUCGCAGGCAUGAAGCUCCUGCGCUGCUCCUUCUGUUGUCCACCCCAGCAGUACGUCACCUUGGGCUUCACCAUCCUCUUCUUCCAGUUCGACUACAAGCAGUACUCCGAGGGCUUCCUCACCGACUACUUUGUCAUGUCCAUUCUCUUCAGCAAGCUGUGGGAUCUCUUGUACAAACUGCGCUUUGUGCUCACCUACAUUGCCCCCUGGCAGAUUACGUGGGGCUCAGCUUUCCACGCCUUCGCCCAGCCCUUCGCUGUGCCUCACUCGGCCAUGCUGUUUGUCCAGGCUGUUCUUUCCGCUCUCUUCUCCACCCCUCUCAACCCGCUACUGGGCAGCGCUGUUUUCAUCAUGUCCUAUGCUCGCCCGGUCAAGUUUUGGGAACGCGACUACAACACCAAGAGAGUGGACCAUUCAAACACUCGACUGGCCACGCAGCUUGACCGCAACCCAGGUGCAGAUGACAACAACCUGAACUCUAUCUUCUACGAACACCUGACACGCUCACUGCAACACACCCUUUGCGGAGACCUGCUCCUAGGGCGAUGGGGCAACUAUACCACGGGGGACUGUUUCAUCCUGGCCUCGGACUACCUGAAUGCUCUGGUGCACCUCAUUGAGAUUGGCAAUGGCUUGGUCACCUUCCAGCUGCGGGGCCUUGAGUUCCGGGGGACCUAUUGCCAGCAGCGAGAAGUGGAGGCCAUCACUGAAGGGGUGGAAGAGGACGAAGGCUGCUGCUGCUGCGAGCCAGGCCACUUGCCUCGAAUGCUGAGCUUCAACGCGGCCUUUGGGCAACGCUGGCUGGCCUGGGAGGUGGCAGCCACCAAGUAUGUCCUGGAAGGCUAUAGCAUCAGCGACAACAACGCCGCCUCCAUGCUCCAGGUCUUCGAUCUACGCAAGAUCCUCAUCACUUACUAUGUCAAGAGCAUCAUCUACUAUGUGACUUGCUCCCCGAAGCUGGAGGAAUGGCUGGGCAAUGAGGGGAUUCAGGAGGCCCUGCGGCCCUGCACCUCCCUCAACUAUGCUGACAGUGAUCCCACCUUCAACCUCAACAUAGACGAGGACUACGACCACCGCAUGGCAGGGAUCACCCUGCCUUCCUUCUGCAACAUCUACCUCGACUGGAUCCAGUACUGUGCUGGGCGCAGGGAGAAGCAAGUGGACCGGGACUGGAACUCCCCUCUUGUCACCCUGUGCUUUGGGCUUUGCAUCCUGGGGCGACGAGCUCUGGGCACCGCUUCUCACAGCAUGUCAGCCAGCCUGGAACCUUUCCUGUAUGGCUUGCAUGCGCUCUUCAAAGGGGACUUCCGGAUCACUUCACCCCGGGACGAAUGGGUCUUCGCUGAUAUGGACCUGCUUCAUCAGGUGGUGGCACCAGGAGUGCGCAUGUCUCUCAAGCUACAUCAGGACCAUUUCACCUCUCCGGAUGAGUACGACGACCCAGCCGUGUUGUACGACGCCAUAAGGUCCAAUGAGGAGAAGAUGGUGAUCUCCCACGAGGGGGAUCCGGCUUGGCGCAAUGCCAUCCUCACCAACACACCUGCCCUACUGGCCCUGCGUCAUGUGAUGGACGACGCCAGCGACGAGUACAAGAUUAUCAUGCUCAAUAAGCGCUACCUCGGAUUUCGGGUCAUCAAGGUGAACCGGGAAUGCGUGCGAGGGCUGUGGGCUGGGCAGCAGCAAGAGCUGGUCUUCCUCCGGAACCGGAACCCAGAGCGUGGCAGUAUCCAGAACGCCAAGCAAGCCCUUCGCAACAUGAUCAACUCCUCCUGUGACCAGCCCAUCGGCUAUCCCAUCUAUGUUUCGCCCCUGACCACUUCCUACGCCGGCAGCCACCCACAGCUCCGUUCCUUAUGGGGUGGCCCGAUCAGCUUGCACAAUAUCUCUACGUGGUUCAUUCGCAGUUGGGAGAGGCUUCAGAAAGGCUGUGGAGCUGGUUGCAACAGCGGAGGAAACAUUGAGGACUCAGACUGCGGCGGUGGCUCUUCCUCGCUCGGCAAUAACCCCACGGUUCAUGGGUCUCAGGUUCCUGGGAGCCUCGCUCACAGUGCUGGACCCGUGGCUGCCAACCCCACUGAACCCAUAGUCACCACUGCCCAGCCUCAGGCAGAACUAGAAUCCAGCCUUCCUCCUCCAAGCCAAAGCUGGCUGGUCCAGUCUCAGCCGGCCCACAUGCUGAGCCAGGGCGAAGGACGACCCCCACCUACCCCGGCUGCGUCUUGGCCCCCUGGCCCACACUUCUUGGGAAGCCAGCUCUCUUGUGCCAGCUCCUUGGCUUCGGUGGCGGAGGGGAUGGGACGUGCCCCUCUGCCUCUCCGUCCGGGACUCGGCGCUCCUUCCCCGUUUGCCUACGAGGGCCUCUGUGGCAAAUGGAGCCUGCCCAGCCGCAAGGGACUCAAUGGGCUGGGGAGCAGCGAAAGUGACGUCCCCCCCGGGACGCCCCCUCCCCGCACAAAGGACAACUCUUCUUUAUCAUCGCCUGCUGUCGCUGCAUUAGGGACUCCGGGUAUUGCGGGGAGUCCUAAACCUCAGCCACCCCUCCCAGGACCAGUCCCCGAGACCUCCAGCGACGCCACCCCGCUGCCUCUGGAACUGCCAGCUGCGCCACGAGGAAGCGACCCUCUCCCCGAAACCGUCCCCAUCGCGGCUGAGUGGGGCCAGCCACGGGAGGACGAAGAGAGCCCAGCGGCUGGACAACCGCUUCUGGAGCAUCAGUACUGAAGGGGGCAGGGGGCGCACACUUCCUAUCCCACAGAACCGCGGGCUGGUCCCGUUUUGACUUUUCCUCGGCCCCUUUUUGGGGGACGGGAACCGCGCUCCACUUCCCGUUUCCCCCCUUGAGGACCACGGACAGCAAUAAGGGGAAGGAGGGCUGCCCCUUCCUGCUCGCUGCAGCCUUCUGUGCCCCCCAUACCCCUCUCUUCUCUCCCACCCCUC